AUUUUGGCUCCAUGUCUCAACGACAAACUUCUUCUGUAUCUCUCUUCUCUCCAUCUUAAAAAUCUUUCUCUCGUAUUUCUUGAAGACAUCCUUCUCUGUAUUUGUUUUCUUCACAAUUUUGUUUUUAAAAGAAACCCUAAUAAAUUAAUAGUUUAUAACUUCUUGUUCCACUUAUAUGAGAAUCAGCUGAUCUGGUGUAUUAGAAGAACCCCCUCAAAACCAGAACUUUUUUUUGCUUUUUGUUGCUUCCCCCAUAGAGUUUCCUAGGAAGUAGCCAAAGAAAAUCACCUUCUAUUAUAAUUCUUCCAGACUGAAGAAGGAUCAUUCUCCAACCUAAGAUUCUGGUUUGUUUUCAUAAAUUUCAGGUGAAUUCCAGUACAUCGACCAUGAUGAUGACUACCUAACCUGCGGAAUUGUCAGUUUUGCCCUUAGAUAUCACACUAAAUGUCGAGAAGACCAGACCACCGACGUGGCAUACUCGCCACCGUGGCCGCAACAAUUCUCCUCUCAGUUUUCCCGCCAAUUACAGAAUCGACAGUUGAGAAGCAAGCUCUGUUUCGCUUCAAAAACCGCCUUAACGAUCCUCACAACGUUCUACAAUCUUGGAAACCCUCUGAUUCGCCCUGCACGUUUCACGGCGUCAGAUGCGAUCCACUCUCGGGCGAAGUCACUGGUAUCUCUCUAGAGAACCUGAAUCUCUCUGGCUCCAUUUCUCCGGCUAUCUCAUCUCUCACAAAGCUCACUACCUUGUCCCUCCCCUGCAAUCUCAUCUCGGGCCCAAUCCCGCCGGAGAUACUCAACUGCACAAACCUCAAAGUCGUCAAUCUCACAUCCAAUCACCUCUCCGGUGCGAUCCCUGACUUCUCAUCUCUGAAAAACCUAGAGACCCUCGACGUCUCCGUGAACUUCUUAACCGGAGAGUUUCAGAGCUGGGUGGGGAACCUGACUCUGUUGGUUUCACUCAGUCUCGGAAACAACAACUACGUAGAAGGCGCGAUUCCCAAGAGUAUCGGCGGUUUGAAGAAACUCACUUGGCUCUACUUAGCUAAAUCCAACUUGACCGGACAUAUUCCAGACUCCAUCUUUGAUCUGAACGCUCUCGACACUUUCGACAUUGCCAAGAACGCCAUCUCUGGAGAUUUUCCAGCCUCGAUCACAAGGCUGGAAAAUCUCACUAAGAUCGAGUUAUACGACAACAAGUUAACCGGUGAAAUCCCUCCGGAGAUCGGAAAACUGACUCAUUUACGAGAGCUUGAUGUUUCUUUGAACCAGCUGAGUGGCCCAUUACCUCGAGAACUCGGAAACUUGAAAGAGCUCAGAGUCUUCCACUGCCAUCAAAACAACUUUACCGGCGAGUUUCCUUCCGGUUUCGGAGAAUUGCGUUUCCUCACUUCCUUAUCAAUCUACAGGAACAACUUCUCCGGUGAAUUCCCAGCAAACAUCGGCCGGUUUUCGCCGUUGGAGACAGUUGAUAUAUCCGAAAACAGGUUUACAGGUCCAUUCCCUCGUUUCUUAUGCCAAAACAAUAAACUACAGUUCUUACUCGCUCUACAAAAUGAAUUCUCCGGCGAGAUUCCGGCAUCCUACGCAGGCUGCAAAUCUCUCUUGAGGCUCAGGAUUAACCAGAAUCUUCUUACUGGUCAUGUUCCCGAAGGCUUCUGGGCUCUCCCCCUUGCUAAGAUGAUCGAUCUCAGCGAUAACCGUCUCACCGGAGAGAUCUCUUCUCAGAUAGGACUCUCAACUGAACUUAGCCAGCUGAUCUUGCAGAACAACAGAUUUUCCGGGAAGAUCCCUCGUGAGGUUGGGAAACUGAUUAAUAUAGAGAGGAUUUAUCUAAGCAACAACAGUUUUUCCGGUGAGAUUCCGACAGAACUUGGAUCCUUGAAACAGUUGUCUUCUUUGCAUCUUGAAAACAAUUCGUUGACAGGAUACAUCCCUGUCGGAUUGACAAAAUGCGUCAGGCUUGUCGAUCUGAAUCUUGCCAAGAACUCUUUGACUGGAGAGAUUCCAAAGAGUUUAUAUCAGAUCGCUUCUUUAAACUCUUUGGACCUCUCAGGCAACGGGUUAACAGGAGAGAUCCCUGCGACUCUAGUGAAGCUGAAGCUGAAUUUUAUAGACUUGUCUGAGAAUCAACUCUCGGGGAGAAUACCACCGGAUCUUUUGGCGGUGGGAGGUUCCACCGCGUUCUCACGCAACGAUAAGCUCUGCGUUGAUAACCAAAACGUCAAAACAAGUGAAGAAUCUUCUCUGAGCUUAUGCAGUGGGGACCAACACGUGCACAAGAAGCGUUCUGUCGAUGGAACGCUCUUGUUCUUGGCUCUUGCUGUUGCCAUGGUGGUGCUGGUGGCUGGUCUCUUCGCGUUGCGUUACAGAGUCGUGAAGAUACGCGAGUUCGACAGAGAAAAUGGGGAUAUCAACAAGGCGGGGGAUGCGAAGUGGAGGAUCGCGUCUUUCCAUCAAAUGGAGCUAGACGCUGAGGAGAUUUGUAAAUUGGAUGAAGGUCACGUGAUUGGAGCAGGAAGCGCGGGAAAAGUGUACCGUGUUGAUUUGAAGAAAGGCGGUGGUACAGUGGCGGUUAAGUGGCUGAGGAGAGGAGAAGAAGAAGAUGGUAAUGGAACAGAGGUCUCUGUUGCGGAAAUGGAGAUUCUUGGGAAGAUCAGACACAGAAACGUGCUGAAGCUCUACGCUUGUCUUGUCGGAAGAGGUUCUAGAUAUUUAGUGUUUGAGUUCAUGGAGAAUGGGAACUUGUAUCAAGCUCUUCACCAGACUAUUAAAGGUGAAUUGGAUUGGCACAAGAGAUACAAAAUCGCGGUGGGAGCUGCUAAAGGAAUUGCAUAUCUGCAUCAUGAUUGUUGUCCUCCGAUCAUUCAUAGAGAUAUAAAGUCGAGUAACAUUUUACUUGACGGGGAUUAUGAGUCGAAAAUCGCUGAUUUUGGAGUUGCAAAAGUUGCAGACAAGGGAUAUGAAUGGAGCUGUGUUGCUGGGACUCAUGGCUAUAUGGCUCCAGAGCUGGCUUACUCCUUGAAAGCGACAGAGAAGAGUGAUGUAUACAGCUUCGGCGUUGUUCUUCUAGAGCUAGCGACCGGUCUUCGGCCAGUGGAAGAAGAGUUUGGAGAGGGCAAAGACAUUGUUGACUAUGUCUUAUUCAAAAUUCAACAAGACCGGAGGAACCCAAGAAACGUAUUGGACAAGCAUGUUCUGUCCUCUCACGUAGAAGAAAGUAUGAUCAAGGUUCUGAAAAUGGGACUUCUCUGCACUACAAAGCUCCCUAGUCUCAGACCAAACAUGAGGGAGGUCGUGAGGAAGCUUGAAGACGCUGAUCCAUGCGUCUCCAACACUCUAGACAGAACCCGAAAGAUUACAGUAUAGGUUUACCGAGUCAAUA